UGUUCGCACUUACAGGCUAAGAGAUUCAAGGAAGCGCGACGCAUUGAAAGUCCGCCAGGAAAAGCCUGUCGUCGACGACCUGCCCCGCGCGACCGUCCAUAUUGCUACUAGACUAAUGUGUACAGUCUACUGCAUAUUUGACAAUCUAUGUAAGCUUUUCGGUGAAGGCUACUCGCGUCGACAACAACAGAAGACCGUGCGUCUUCCAUACAUACCCGUUGAAAGCUUAUGAGCUCCUUUUGGCAUAUUCACAUCAUUACAGACACAUCCAACUGUUUCUCCUUGCCGCAAGGCUUUGGAGCCUCGGCGAAGCCAGCUAUUUGAGGUUUCCUCUGUAUCCUGUGCAAAGGUACUGUGCUGGCUUAAUAUUUUUGCUCGGGGCGAGUCCCCGUGAGCGGAGGAGCGGCCGUGAGAGCGUCUGAGGCCAGCUCCGGUAUGAAACCAUCAAUCGAAGACCUUGCCGGAGCCUUUGCUUCCGAGGCAGCGUCUGACUGCCGUGGCGAUCCUGGCAGUACGCAUUAUGCAGCCGCUCGCGAACGAGUUUUCAGGGAGAGCCAUGGUGGUGGUGGUGGUGGUGGUGGUGGCGCAGAGCUUCCGCAUCUGCGGAAUCUCCACAGGUCGACCCAGGAGUCCGAAGCGGCGGUGCCACUGGUCGUACGCCGUGACGGGGCGGGCCAAGCUGAAGACGCCACAGCAACAACAAACGCCGCCCUGCAACAAAGGUUGUUGCGCCAGCUAAUACACCAGCAGCAACAGCAACAGCAGCAGCAGCAGCAGCAGCAGCAGCGGCAGGGCGCGGCUGCGUCGGCGGUCUUGGAGUCUCUGCUUCAGCACCAGCAGCACCGGCACCAGCAGAGCGCCCACAGUAGUAGGAGCCUUGCAACGGCCGACGGCGGCUUGCUCGGGGCCGGAGGCAGUCAGCGAUCAGCUCUGGCCGACGAUGCCGACGUGGGGAGAGCGCAACAGCUGCGGCAACUGGCCGCGCUGCUGAAUGCACGUGAAGAGCAGCAGGCUGCUGCCGCUGACGGCGGGUUCUUAUUAGAAGCCGCCGGACACACGAGCGACGGCCUAGGAACAGCAGGUCCUAGCGGUGGAGGUGGCAGCAGGGAGCUAGCAGCAGCUGGCGGGGGCAGUAGCCUUCAAACGAAGCUGCUGGAGCUGGCCGGGGCGGGUGGCGGCGAGCUUAGCGAACUACUGUCCCUUCACCGUCACCACCAGCAGCAGCAGCAACCGCAGCAACAGCACCAGCAGCACCGCCGUGCAGCGGCCGUCGCAGCUGUGGCGGCUGCCGCGGGCUUGGGCGGGCUUGGGCAACAGCCACAAAACCGACACGGCGAAUCAUCAGCAUCUGAUUUGGGUCAAUCGCUUAGGCUACUGCUCGCAGCCAACAGCCAUGGGCAGUCGGCGGCGGCAUCGGCUUUAGCAGGUCUGGCGGCGGCGACCGUAGCUGGGGGUGGCGGCGGUGGUGGUGCAGCUGCGGGAGGUGGUGGCGUGGGCGGCGACGGCACCAGCAGUGACGGGCCGGUCACGCUGCCGCUGACGGUGCUGCACACGGACCGCAAGUGCCCAAAGGUGUUGGCGCCGAGGUCCGGUCGCGUGGGUGACACCAAACACCUGGUGCUGCCGGGAGAGAUUACGCAGGCGCUACCAGCCGCCAUGCGGGAAGGUGAGGCCUCGGUGCCUGUGCUCAUCUGCGUGCCGCCGCGCCCGCCGCCGCGCGGCCACCGCCACGCACAGCCGCAGCCGCAGCCUGCUGCGCAAUACAGCCUCUCCUGCGGCAUCGGCAACGGCCCCGGCGGCUUCCGUGCGCUGUACGUGCCCGUAACCGAAGAGUUGUACGGCAGGCCGGUACGGCGGUUCACACUUCGGGAGGAUCUCGUACUGGAGCUGGAGCUCGCGGAGCCCGUCAUGCGGCCAUCGGCGGCGCGCAAUGUGGGCCGCCAGCCAGGUGGCAGCGAUGACGGCGGCGGCGGCAGCGCAGCCGGCGGCGGCGGCGGCGGCUUCGGUGGCAGCAUGUCGUCGCAUGCUGAUGACCUGGAUUACACGCCGCGCGGUGAUUCAGAUGGUGGUGGAAUUGACGGCAACGAUAGCGAGGGUGGCGGCGGCGGACGUGGUGGGCGCAGCGGCGGGCUGGGUGGCGGCGGCGGCGGUGGCGGCGGCGCACUGACGGGUGGCGGCUGGGAGGAUGGCGAUGACGACUACACGGCGGGCGGUUGCGGCAUGGGCGGCGGCGGCGGCGACGACGGCUCGGCUCCGGAGCUGCCUGUGGUGAUGCGGCGGCCGACGGGCGGCAAGCCCACUGUGAUGCGCAGCUGCACGGGCAACAUUGGCAGCAAGAAGCACCUUCCGCUGCCGCCAGAGGUCGUCAAGGCGCUGUCAAAGGAUCAACGCAACGGCUCAGCACCUGUGGAAGUCAUUGCACAGGUGCUGGUGGGGGGGCCGGACGUGCCCCCGCCCCACCGCGUGCCGCCUGGCACCACCUGCGGCGCCACAGCGGCGUCCACACCUGCCAACACAGGGUAUGAGGUGGUGCAGCAGGAGCGGCUGCGCUGCCUGGUGGGGCCCACGGGCUCGCACGGCUGCAUGUCAUUGCAGGUGCCUGUGUCCCCCAUGAUGAACGGGCGGCGUUUGCUGCACCUGACGCUGCGGGAGGACCUGGUGCUGGAGCUGGGGCUGGGGGAGGUGGUGGUGCCGCCGGGCCCGCUGGGCCCCCGGAUGAUGGCGGCGGUGGCGUCCGCGAUGGUCUCCAACGGCCUUAUGCCUGCUUCCGUGGCGGCAGCCACAAGCGUCGCGACGCGCGGGCUUGCAGGCAUGGCCGCUGUAGCGGCGGCGGCGGCGCAGCACCAUCACCAGCAACAACAGCAGCAGCAGCAGCAGCAGCGAGAGCAGCAGCUGCAGCAGCGAGAGCAGCAGCAGCGGGAGCGGGAGUGGGAGUGGGAGCUAUCAGGAGGGGCGGGUGGCGGUGGCGGCGGCGGUGGCAGCUCGCCCUUCGUGCCGUCGGCGGCUGUGCUGGCUAAGGCGGCGGCGUUUGUGCAGGCGCAGCGGGUUCUGGCGGAGGCACAGGCAAAGGUGCAAGCCCAGGCACAGGCACAGGCAAAGGUGCUAGCCCAGGCACAGGCACAGGCGCAAGGGGCCGCAGAGGCUCAGGCGCAGAUGGCGGCUGCGACAGAGGUGGCCUUAUCCAUGCAGGCGCUGCGCCGCCGCCGCAUGCAAGAGGAGACUGCGAUGCUGCAGGCGGCGGGGCUUGGCGGCAGCCGGGAGGAUGAGACCCUACAUGCCUACAAGCGCCGCCGCUCCGACUGCAGCGCCCCUCACAACAACGCGGAAGGGUCGACGCAGCACGCGACAGCGUUGCCGGGGGUGGGCGGCGGCGCGACGUUGGCGCUGGGCGGCGGCGGGAUGUCGGGCGCCGCCAGUAGCCGCGUGGCUGCCCUGGCCGACGCACGUGACUUUGCUCAUGGCGAGCUGACGGCGGCAGCGGCGGCGGGGAUCAAGAUGGAGAUAAAGACCGAGCCUGGCGGCGCGGCCGCUGCCGGGACCGGGCGCGGAGGGCUGGGGCCGCUGGUGCUGCCCAACUCAACUGCCUCUGUGGCUGGGGGCUCCCCGUCCUCUGUGGCUGCAAUAAUUGCUGGCGCGGGCGGCAGCGGCAGCGGCCUGGGCGCGAGCGGCUCUAACAGCGCAUCGCCCUACGUGGGACAGCUUCGCGGCGGCAGCAGCAGCGGAGCUGGCGGAGGUGGCGGCAGCUGCACCAACGCCGAGGGCGGCGACGGCAGUGGCACCAUUGCCGCGGCGCUGCAGCAGCUGCUACAAGCCAAGGCGCUUGCGGCAAGUGCGCGCAGCGGCGGCCCAAUCGCCGGCGCCGCUGCAGGUGGCGGCGGCGCCGGCGCCGCUGCAGGUGGCGGCGGCUCUGGCGCCGCCGGCAGCAGCGGCACCGGUGGAUCGAUGGGCGCUACUGCGGCCAUGGGUGCCGCGACGCUGGCGCGUGUGUGGGGACUGCUGGACACAAGGCUGCCGCGUGCGCAGGCGCUGUCUGGGCGCGCGCUGGCGGCGGCGGCGCGCAGCGCGCCGCUGCCGCCGUCGGAGGCCGCCGCCACCGCGCGCCUGGGCGCAUUGAACACGUGCCUCGCUGACGUGUCAAACCUGCUCUUCUUCGCACGUGACGUCGCGGCGGCGGACCACGCCAGCCGGGUGGAUGACCCCGUGACGCGGCGGACGCUGUUGGGCUGCUGUCAGCUGCUGCUGGCGGCGGGAGAGAGCCUUGUGGAUUGGCACACGGCGGUGGCGGAGGCAGCGGAGAGCGGGCGGGGCGAGGCGGCGGCGGCCGCGGUGGCGGGGCAGGUGGCGCCGGUGGCGGAGGCGGUGCGUGGGCGGCUGGCGGAAGCACUGUCGCCGCUGAUGCACCUGCUGCGAUGAACGAUGGGCCCAAAAAGGUUUGGCGCGCUAUCUAGGCGGAAAGGAGUGUACACGAUUACGUACUGCCACAGGCAAGAAAAGAAAUGAAGGGUGCUUUGUCGCGCGCUACGGCGUGCGACUCGCACCUGCAGAACCUACUAUCCAAGUCCCAACGUGAUACGGCAUCAUGUGUAUGGCAAAGCAAGCAAAGUACCCUAAGUAAAUGAUGCUGAUGCGUCCAAGGGAGCUCUCAAUGUGCGUAAGGCUCAGGCGGCGUCGGCACCAGCAGCGGACUUCAGCAAUUAUGAGACUGGAGCUGUGCAGAUAAGUCACGAGGAGGUCGUGUAGCGCGGGGGCGAAGAGAGCGAUUGGAGCGGGGGAGCAAGGUACCGGCGUGCUUGCGCCUGGUGCGGCAAGUGGUUUUGACCCAACAGUGAAUCCUGGUGCGAAUUGCGACCAACCAACGCCUGGAUGGCUGUGUGUGUGUGUGUGUGUGUGUGUGUGUGUGUGUGUGUGUGUGUGUGUGUGUGUGUGUGUGUGUGUGUGUGUGUGUGUGUGUGUGUGUGUGUGUGUGUGUGUGCGUGUGUGUGUGUGUGUGUGUGUGUGUGUGUGUGUGUGUGUGGUUACGGUACUUUGCCGCGUGCACAACUCGUAGGAGGUACGUAUGUCGGCGGCAUCCGCCGCAGACCUCAAACGAUUUGGCGACGCCGACCUUAUUACGGCAUUGCUGCACGUAUGCAUGUCUACUCUGCACAUCGGCAGCGAUUGUUUUUUCAUUACUCCAUUGCCGUGUCCUGUGUGUGCCUGUCCUGCUGCUCUGCGUUACCACUAUCUACCGCAGCCGGCUGAACGCUCGCCGCUGUCUAUGAAGAGUCGUGCAGAUUGGGUACAGUAGCAGCGGCGUUUCGCUGCGACCGUAAUUGGUAAUCCUGUGUGUGUUGGAACGAACCGAGGGGGAACCGGAAGGAAUCUGGAGUAAGUACGCGCGUGAUGGAUGGGAAGCUGGAGGCUGGAGGCUUGGAGGCUUGGAGACAUACAAAGCAGAUGUGGUACGGCAUGGUAGUAGUACGGAUCGUCUGGGCCUAGACCUGUGGUGUCUGGCGCGGCAUGACGGUAGUUCGGGUCCCUGAAGCAUCACAGGCGGGGCCCCUGCUGGGUGCGGCGGUGGAUGCAUUUUCCGAAGGAGAUGGGAAAUGGCCCGGAAUGCAUUACCACGCGGGAUGGAAGCGAGCUCGAUCGAGUGGUUCGCACAUCAUCUCCCCGUGCCUUUCAAUGACUCAAGUACGCAAUGCUGUAGCGUGCACAUGUGCCGCAGUACGUGCAGCAUGUUUACAUGGCGCCUACUGGGGGCUUCCGUGCGCACACGUUUUCAAAGCCCGCGUGACAAGCAAUUUCCUGCUCCAGGUUUGCUUAAGACGUGAGAUGUGCUUUCCCAAGCUUUAAGGCUACUUUGGGAGGGCGGGCGGCUAUGGGAAGCUCUUACUCAUCUUCAGUAUCCGGGAAGGGGACUGCUCUUCCACUGGCUAAAUACAAAACGCGUCUGUGGCUUCCGUACGGUAGUGCAUAUAAUAAAUGGGCGGGACACGCAACAAGACAGACUUUGUGUAUGGGGGCUGUCGUGCGGCGCAAACACAUGGCUCGCUGCGGCGCACAUGCUGUGUACCCGGCGGUUUGGGGUGCAAUAUCUCCGUUGAGUCUGAUGGGCUGGGAAGCUGGCAAGCGAUCACGGGGCCGUUUGCUAGCCUAUAGUAAGCAGGCCAUGCAAAGGCUUGAGCGGCGCGGUUCAGAGUGAGUGGUACGAUACGCACGCGCUGCCACACGCUGGUGUGCGGCUCGCUCGAGGCCUGGCGGGAGGCGUGUUUGCAUCAUUGCCUGGAAUGCCGUGCGUGGAGGGCCGGGCGGGAAAUGGCGUACGCGAGGGGUACAGGGAGCCGGUGUUUAGCGGGGCUGAGACCCGGUAAACCAUAGGCUGAUGGGGCUGGUGGGGCUGCUGAGCGGGGCUGGUGUUUGUCGCAUGAGCGCUGUUGCCGCGGUGGACACGCCACGUGCCACCAGCAAUGGCCGAAUGCACGGGGCGCGGCCGGAGCUGGUGGUAGCGCACGUGUGUGUGCGGGUCGCAAUAACAGGCCACGUGCAUGCGGCAUUUGGAACCAAACAUGUACGGUACUUGCCCUGUGUGCAGAAGGCGCGUGCCGUGGUGCAGUGGGGUCUGAGCCACAGGCGCAAGGCCGCUGUGCCGCUGCAUGCAUAACCUGGAGAAGAUGGCGCGGCCGCGGUGUCUGUAUACGGUACCAUAGCUGUGAACUGCAAGGCACUGGUUCGGAGAGGCAUACGAGGUUCGUCUCCAGCAUUGCAAUUCGGGGCAAACUGUGAGAAGCUGUCGAACGAUUGAAGUCGAGUGGCGGGCGCUCCGUCAUGGGAAAUCGCGGGUGUUUGGUACGGUCGUGGCUGUAAUUCCAGCAUUCAGUGAGACUACGGUACUGUGAGACAGAUGUGGUGGGCGAUAUUGGGGCGGUGCGCGGGUGAGCCGGUGAGGAGCAGGUACUGGCAUUCUCAUCACGGCCGGCUGAGGAAGGGAACACGUACGCGGUACGCCUGACAUGAGCCCCGCACUCCCACGAUGCCGCGUGGCUGGCUGGGGCCUUGGCCCUGACUUGUCGCUGUAAUUAUGUUUGGAG